AUGGGUGACAUGCCGCAGGUGGUGGCUUUGGUCGGCCAGUCUGGCAGUGGCAAGACCAGCUGCGUGUCCCUGUUGCAGCGUCUCUAUGACUGCCAGGCACAUGCACGAGCGGUACCAGCAGUCAAAGUGGGCAACAAAGUUCAAGGGCUGACCGGUGGUUCAAACUUGACCGCACUUGACAUGUUGCAUCGUUGCAAUUGGUUGCAUCUUGGCCAGGUGAAAGAGCUGAAAAUGACACCACCGAUUCCACCGAUUCCGAUCCUGGCUGCAGAUGGUCCAAAGCCCAAAAAGGCUUCAAUUUUGGAGCCCAUCCUGUUUGCCAUCAGCGCCCGGGAGAACAUUGCUUUCGGAGUGGAGGAGGCCGAUCAGACAAAGCUGGAGGAAGCUGCAAAGCUUGCGAAUUGCCUUGGCCUCACAGCUGUCACAGCUCUGCAAAUUUAUCGGAGUUGCCAGCUCUGUGAAGAGCUUGUCCAAGAGGCAUUUCGAAUUCCACAAGCUUGCCAUGGCUUCAUCUCGGAAUGGGAAAAGGGAUACGACACUCUGGUUGGUGAGCGAGGAAUCCAGCUGAGUGGAGGCCAAAAGCAGCGAGUUGCUAUCGCUCGAGCAGAACUCUCAGCAGUGCUGUGGUCAUUGGAUAUCCGCGCCAUGGCCUCUCACAUUCGAGUACUGGAGAAACUCUUGAAUGAUCUGCGUGAUCAGGAUUCAAGCGGCAAGGAGGCUAAUCUUGUGGAAGGUGCCAUCAGGGACAUCAUGAAGUCACAUCCUGAGGCAGAGCAUUGUGGGAGAUUCUGUGGUCUUCACAGCGCAAUCGCCCAACUUCAGGAAGAUGCUAACUCGCCUGAGCUGGCACGGCAAGGCCUGUUACAAGCUGCACAGGUCUUGCUGGCGGCAGAUCUUGGCACCAUCCGGUAUUCUACGCAGCUUCAUGAGCCUGAGCCUGGGCAAAAAACAUCUGCGAGGCUCCAGCUUUCGCGACGACAAUGCCUGGAGAUCCUGGCUGCGGGAUUCUUCGGUGUACUGCACAGAAGGCGAAAAAAAGAGCGAGAAUGGCUGUGGUCUGAAGGUACAGCUGAUCCUGGGAAUGGUGAUAUGCCUGGCUUCAACUUUUCCAAGCUUUGGCAGUAUGACUCGGAGAGAUGGGAAACCAAGAACUUUGUCUUGAUGGCUGUACUCAUUUUCUUUGGACAAGCAUCGAGGCUGAGUGAUGAGAUUUUGGAUGAGAACCUCACCAUCACAAGAAAGGCACUUGGUCGUCCUGAGCUUCCAAAUUCGGAUUUGGGUUUUUGCCCUGUGGAACUGAUGGAAGAUGGCGUCUCUAUUCAUAGCUUUGGCGGGAAGGAGCACUUGCAAGCCGACUUUGCAAAUUCGUAUUUGGGUGGUGGAGUUCUGAGCGGAGGCGGCACCCAAGAGGAGUGCAUGUUUACGGAGUUUCCCGAACUUUUGGCCAUCAUCUAUGUGACAGAGAGAAUGUUGCCUCAUGAGGCGGUGGAAAUUCAGGGAGCCAGGAGAUAUGCGGAGCACACCAUGGGAGGGAGGCACGCCUGGUCUGAACAAUUUUGCCGAGCAACGGAGAUCGGCGCUCCGAUUGAUGCAGUGGCGCUUGACGCAGUGAGUUUUGGCAGAAAAGGCCCGCAUAAGCAGUACUGGCCGGACUAUAUCCAGCAAGACAUUCGGAAAUGCUCGGCCGCGCUCUUGCUGCCUGAGAUGGAUAAGACUUUCAGGCGGAAAUUUGUCACCGGCCUGUGGGGAUGCGGAGCAUUUCGAGGGGAGCCGGAGCUGAAACUCUUGAUCCAAUGGAUCAGCUGUUCAAUGGAGCCAUCCAUUCAAUCAAUGGUUUUUUGUCCUUUUGACCAGAAGCAGAAGUUGAUUGCCAAGGGUCUGUUGAGGGUGCUGGAGGUAAUUGGCCAAGCAUCUGUGAAGCGAGUUCUUGACAUUCUUGAAGAUGCCAGAUUCGCCAAGUCAAAUGACACCUUUGCCUUCGUACUCUCACAGUUCGAGGAAGCAAGUUGAUCGUUUAUGGUACCUCUCUUGGAGUCCGGCAGAGUGAUUGCAACGUUCAGUUCCUGCCAGAGAUCAUACUGAUCAGACCAUACAAACCUGCAAUACAGUUGUCAUCAGUUGUCUAUGCGUACUCAAGCUGCGAGCUUGAUGUACAUAGCUGAAGACGGAGUGUAGGCAAGAAGCUGUGGCCAGCAUGGAGCUGAUGCGUUCAGCCACACCCAUGCAAAA